AUGCCGGCAAUAGGUGCAGCUGCUGCACGGGCGGUAACGCGAGCGACGACUUCUUCUGCCCGUCCUCGAAACACUCGAGCUCUCCGUUUUGCUAGAUCCUCAUAUUACCCUCUCGCUGUACAGCAGGUUUCUUCUCGACGAGCAUACUCCUCCCCUUCAGAACCAUAUCCCUCCACAAGAUCAACAGUGGUACAACUACUGAGUAACAUUGGGUCAAAGAGGGAGGUUCAGCAAUAUCUAUCACAUUUCAGCUCCGUUUCCUCACAGCAAUUUGCAGUCAUCAAGGUCGGUGGUGCUAUCUUGACCGAGCACCUCCAGACACUGUCCUCCGCCCUCGCUUUUCUAAAUCAUGUUGGCCUUUAUCCAGUUGUCGUUCACGGCGCUGGGCCACAGUUGAACAAGAUUUUGGAAGAUUCUGGGGUUGAACCACACUUCGAAGACGGCAUUCGGGUCACGGAUCCCAAAACGCUGGGCAUCGCACGUGCAUUGUUCCUGGAAGAGAAUCUGCGCUUGGUAGAAGAACUCGAGCGCCUAGGCGUCCGGGCGAGACCGAUUACUUCGGGUGUCUUCACUGCUGAUUAUCUCGAUAAAGAGAAAUACAACCUUGUUGGGAAGAUUAACCGUGUCGAUAAGAAGCCUAUUGAGGCCGCCAUUCAAGCAGGAUGUCUUCCGAUCCUUACAUCGAUGGCUGAAUCGCCCGAGGGGCAGGUAUUGAACGUCAAUGCUGACGUUGCGGCCGGUGAGUUGGCUAGAGCACUUCAGCCAUUGAAAAUUGUCUACCUCUCGGAGAAAGGCGGGUUGUUCAACGGCGAUACCAAAGAGAAGAUCUCUGCCAUCAACUUGGACGAGGAGUAUGAUCACCUCAUGACCCAGUGGUGGGUUCGUCACGGCACCAGGUUAAAGAUCAAGGAAAUGCGAGAGCUUCUGAUGGACUUACCUCGAAGCUCCAGUGUCGCCAUCAUCCAUCCCGCAGAUUUACAGAAAGAGCUAUUUACAGACUCCGGGGCUGGAACUCUGAUCCGUCGAGGAAACAAAGUCCACGUCAACACUUCCAUCGAUCAAUUCAAGGACAUCGAGCAGCUUAAAGAGGUCCUUAUUCGUGAUCGUGCUGGACUUGAUGCUAAGGCUGUUGUUGAUCGAUAUGUUCAAAAUCUGCAGACUCGAGAAUUUCGGGCUUACUUCGAUGAGCCCAUGGAAGCUUUUGGCAUUGUGCUGCCACCAAGCGCAGAGACGGCCCUGGCUCAUUUGGCUACAUUAACAAUCACCAAGAAUGGCUGGCUUACCAACGUCGCAGACAACAUCUUUGCUGCCAUCAAGAAGGACUUCCCCAAGUUGAUGUGGACUGUCAAGGAGGAUGACGAGAAUUUGACUUGGUUCUUCGACAAGGCUGACGGCAGUCUCUCCAAAGAUGGUGAAGUUCUCUUCUGGUAUGGUCUCGAGACAAGUGAAGAGGUCAAGGACUUAAUGGUGGAGUUCACCAAACAUGGACGACAGAUGUUCGGUGAUAUCAACCUCGAGUCCAAGCUUCAAAGAGCUGCUCGCGCUGCUUCAAACCUGGCCAGCUCAGCUGCCAAGUCUGCGGGAUUGGCACAGAAACGAACAUUCUCUACUCACACAAAUCCGCUAGGAGGAGCAAGGCAGGCGAGAUAUGUUACCAGACCCGCUCUUUCGGUACGCGCAUAUUCGACGACCAACCCUAACCCCCCUCUUGGUUCCAAGAACAGCUCAAACAACAAGCCUUCAAAAGUUGCACUUAUUGGAGCUCGAGGUUACACUGGAAAGGCUCUAGUUGACCUCCUAAACCGUCAUCCCAAUAUGGAUUUGCGGCACGUUUCUUCGCGAGAACUCGCGGGAAAGAAGCUCAACGGGUAUGACAAACGCGAGAUCAUUUAUGAAAAUUUGAACGUCGAAGACGUCCGCCAGAUGGAAGAGAAUGGUGACGUUGACUGCUGGGUCAUGGCUCUGCCGAAUGGGGUUUGCAAGCCGUUUGUGGAUGCCAUUGACCAAGUUGGAAAGAACAGCGUCGUUGUUGAUUUGAGUGCUGAUUAUAGAUUCGAUCCAGCUUGGACCUACGGUCUGCCCGAGCUGGUUGACCGUUCAGCCAUAGCAAAGGCGACAAGAAUAUCCAACCCCGGUUGUUAUGCCACUGCUGCUCAGCUUGGUAUUGCCCCUCUGGUGCCCUAUCUUGGUGGCCAACCUACAGUGUUUGGCGUCUCUGGAUACUCUGGCGCCGGCACCAAACCAAGUCCAAAGAACGACGUCAAGAAUUUAACCGACAAUAUCAUCCCCUACAGUUUGACAGACCACAUCCACGAACGGGAAAUCUCAACCCAAUUAGGCACUCUCGUUGCAUUUGUUCCGCACGUAGCUGUUUGGUUCCAGGGUAUCCAUCACACCAUCAACAUACCGUUGAAAGAAGAGAUGAACUCCCGUGACAUCAGAAACCUGUAUCAAGACCGUUACGCUGGAGAGAAGUUAUUGAAGAUCAUCGGCGAGGCUCCUUUGGUGAAGAAUAUUGCGCAUCGUCAUGGUGUUGAAGUUGGUGGUUUUGCAGUCCACUCGAGUGGGAAGCGAGUGGUGAUUUGCGCCACAAUUGAUAAUUUGUUGAAGGGUGCUGCCACGCAAUGUCUUCAAAACAUGAACCUUGCUUUAGGAUAUGGAGAAUACGAAGGCAUCCCGCUCGAACCAAGUAAUGCUGAUUGUGCUCAUGAAAUAGUACUGACGAAUCGCCAAUAUGGCGUCGCGACGAUCUGGCUUGUUGCAACACUGGGUUCAAAGUCAAACUUGAAAAAGGUCACUCGUCGGGCUAUUCUCGACGUAGAUUUGCCGAAGGCAUGCAAAACCAUCAAAGAACCCGAAUUGCCGAUAGCACUGCGACUGCAGGGCAAUUUGCUCUUCGGAGUGUCACGCGUGUACUCGCAACAAUGCGGGUACGUGUUGGCAGAUGUCGCCAACCUGAGGGACAAGUUGAGAGGAACGGAACACGUUUUCAAGGAGAUGGAAUUGAAUCCUGGCAUUGGCAAGGCGAGGCCCGAGCAACUCAACCUCGCUGAAGAUCCCUACUUCAUUCCAGAUAUUGACAUCAAUUUCGAUCUUACCGUGUUCGGUUUCUCUUCGGGUGGUUCGGCGACUUCAAAUAUAUCCUCUCCUCGCCCUCUGCCUUCAAGUCAGUCAAGUCUCAUCAUCGCCGAUCCAGAUGAAACUGGCUUUGAUGUACCAUCAUUCGAUACCCCUGGAGAUGUCGCUAGGUUCGAUAUGAACCGUGGCGUGGGUACCGGUUCAGCCGUAAGAACCGGUGAAAAUGCUGGACAACCACCUUCUAUCUUCUAUGAUGAACCUGCCAUCAUUAAUGAUCCAGUAUUUGAUGUGGACGACGAUGGCUUUCUUCAUCCUGUGAUGUCUACGGAUGUUCAAGACUCAAAUGUGGCAGAGAUAGGAGAGCACCGGCCGGCCAGUCCAACGGGUAUCAGCAAGAGGGGAUCUAUAGAUCGGCAGACUACCACAGCAGGGAACAAUCCAGUCCGGUACGAUUUCCAGUGUGACGAUGACGUUGUGAUGUUUGGAGACGACGAUCAAGCGUUUCCGUCAGAGGCCCCAGUAACUCCACAUCCCACAGAUGCUAAAGCACAACCAACCAAACGUGCGACAUCCUCAGUUGAUCCUUCUGAAGAAGCACCUGAGACAACAGAAGCACCGCAGCGUCAAGGGCGAGCUCCGAAGCCCCUUCGACCAGAUCAGUGGACAGAACUGAGUAACCGAGACUUGAAUGACUGGAAUGCACACUAUCUCACCAAUAUGAAAGCAGCCCUUGAAAGUAGACAGAGCCAACGCUCACGCUUUGAGGCGAAGAGAAAUGCUGAAUUCUGGGUUCUCCGUCAAGGAAUCGGAAAUGUCGCGUCUACGUUUGGUGAAGAUAGAAUUCCACAUCCUCUGUCGAUUUUCAGUGGUCAGUUACUCUGGGAGAUGCUGAAUGGUCCAGAGUCCAGCAAGCAGUGGUCUCGUAUUAGUUCUCCAGACGAUGAUGAUCAAGAAGAGGAGGAAAGACAAGUACGGGCAAGAACGACGUCACAAGAGGGGGUUGCUCGUGGAGAGGAAGGCGAUGGUUUCGCAUAUGGCGAUGAUGACGGCUUGAUAUUGCAGGGGGGGGUCUUCAACAUUGAAAGUGGAGUGGAUCGACGUGCACCUCCGCCAUUCCCGGAUCAUUCAUCUAGCAUGCCAUGGAACGUUUUCGGGUCUCGUCAAAGUUCUGUGCAACCACUGGGUAGUGGAAUUGUACCGAGAUUGAGCUCAAGUGUCGGUGUCGGUGGCCUCCACGGCGGUACGGAACUCGGACCCCAUUCGCGUUGGGUAGACGAGUUUCACGAUUUCCUUCUGCCAGUCCAUUGCUGGGUCGAGGCCCAUCUCUUCCCAGACUCGGCAGUCAAGAAGCAGAGACUUCACGACUCACGAGCAUUGAAGAUCAAUUCGCCGACCUUGACAUACAGUUAG